UCUCAAGGUGCGGACAUGGCCUUGGACGCGAUAAUCCUUGUAACAUCGAUAUUACAAGCUCUGAUUCUCCGCAACCGGAGAACCUGGCUGGCAUCUUGAUCCACAAAAUCUCAACGUCAAACAGUCAAUUGACUUCAACGUGAACGUUGGACCAUUUUGCUGCAAAAGUUUGAGACACUCCCCUUCUUUGACACAAAUGCCAUUUUCAAGGUACAUAGAUAAGCUCACAGAUAAAUUCCAAGAGCAUAUCCCACCUCAGUUGCAGAACGCUAUCAAGACUCCAGCCGUUCCCUCAAGUGGUAAAUCUUCGGCUACGUCCGUAUCCAUAUAUUGGAGCGCUGACUUUUCACAAUCCACGGCUGUAAGCGCCAAUUUCAAGCAUGAAUGUGGCGACUGGGGCUGGGGAAACAAUGAGCUGGAAAACUACACCGAUAGCGAAGAGAAUUCAUUUCACACUCAAGAGAAGUGCCUAGUGCUGAGGGCAGUCGUUGCUUCAGCUAAGGUUCGCGACAAGUACACCUCAGCUCGACUUCGAACGCACCAAACACUAGCGAAAAGACGUGGCUACCUGGAAGCUACCAUUAGCUCUCCCAGUGCCAAAGGAAUUUGGCCUGCAUUCUGGUUGCUACCGUCUGAGCCCUUCAAGUGGCCGGAGGAUGGCGAGAUUGACAUUAUGGAGUCAUGGAACAGGAACACGCUGAACCACUGCUGUUUACAUUGGGGGCAUUUCGCUGGUGAGGAUAUGAGCAAACAUCGUGUUCGUGAGGUUGAGGUCUCUAGUAUCACCAAGCCUCAUAUAUACGGGUUUGCCUGGGAUCAGCCAGAAAGCGGCGAAGGUGGCAGAAUGCUAUGGUACAUUGACGGACGUCCAGUCAUGAAAGCGACACGUCCUGGGGGGAUGAGGAGACUGGAAGACUUUCAGGUAAUACUGAAUGUUGCGAUUGGAGGCAACGUCUGCAACGGGGCUUUACCCGAGGAUGGUUCAUACGAGAUGGUUGUGCGUGACCUGAAGAUGUGCGAGAGUCCAGAUGGUGGCUGGGAGUGUUUCGAAAGAGAAUGGCUACGUACCAGAGAAGGCCACGGAUAUUGAGAUCCUGCAUGAUUUCAUAUUUAUUGCUACACUCAAGCUUUACAAAAAUGUUGGAAUUAAUAAACCUUACUGCGCCUAGUCUUAUAUUUCGGGUAUGGAGAUAGCCAAGAACAUGAAAACCAUGCGCCAGAAGCCAAAUUAUGGAGUUGGUCAUGAGUCACACAA